UGCCAUCCUGUUUGUAUCUUUUUUAUUUUGAAUUUCCGUAUAACCUAGAAAUUUUUGAUUGUAGAUUAUUGCGAAAGAUUUUGAUUCAAGAUGGGAAAACGGCAACAUCAGAAGGAUAAGAUGUACUUGACCUACACGGAAUGGACCACAUUGUAUGGUGGCAAAAGGCCCGGCCAAACAUCCAAGGAAGAAUUAAAUUUCAAGAGACUACCCUUUGAUCACUGUUGCCUCUCUUUACAACCCUAUGAAGUUCCGAUUUGCGAUUUAGACGGCAAUAUAUUUGAUUUAGAUGCACUGAUUCCCUUCCUAAAGAAGUUCAAAAUAAAUCCAGUUUCAGGUAAACCUCUGGAUUUCCAUUCACUUGUGCAACUUAAUAUGCAUAAAGAUGUGGAUGAGAAUUAUGAGUGUCCUGUAUUGUACAAACCUUUCAAUAAUAGCACUCAUAUUGUCGCAAUUGCAAAGACUGGUAAUGUUUAUUCAAUGGAAGCUGUUGAGCAGCUAAAUAUAAAGAACAAUAAUUGGAAAGAUCUGAUCAAUGAUGAAACCUUUGAGAGAAAAGACAUUAUUGUACUUCAAGAUCCUAACAAUCUACUGAAAUUUAACAUAUCUCAGUUCCAUCAUGUGAAACAUAAUCUAAGAGUUGAAACCGAGGCGGAGAUUGCUGACAGAUUAAACCCCCAAGCUCGUUUGAAAAGUAUAAACCCGGAAACAAAAUAUACAUUGGAUGAAUUGAGCAGAGAAUAUAAGUCUCCUACUAUUGAGAUAAAUAAGCAGCAAAGUUUGGAGAAAGCUGAUAAGUUUAAUGCUGCCCAUUAUUCAACAGGCAAAGUAGCAGCAAGUUUCACAUCAACUUCCUUGGCUCCUGAAAUGGUGCAUGAAGCAGCAAUAAGACCAAAUGAUGAAGUUCGGUAUGAAAGGGUAAAAAAAAAGGGGUAUGUUAGACUAGUAACAAAUUUGGGUCCACUAAAUUUAGAACUUUAUUGUAAUGAAGUUCCCAAAACUUGCGAAAAUUUUAUUAAACACUGUGAAAAUGGUUAUUAUAAUGGUACCAAGUUUCACCGGUCCAUUAGGAAUUUUAUGAUUCAAGGUGGAGACCCCACCAAUACCGGCAACGGGGGAACUUCUAUAUGGGGCAAUAAAUUUGAGGAUGAAUUUAGACCUAACCUGUCUCAUGUAGGGCGGGGUGUUGUGUCAAUGGCCAAUUCUGGUAAACAUACAAAUGGAUCACAGUUUUUUAUAACCUAUCGUUCCUGUAAACAUCUGGAUAAUAAACAUACAAUCUUUGGACAUGUUGUGGGAGGUAUGGAGACAUUGAAUGAAAUGGAGAAAAUCGAGGUGGAUAAUAAAGAUAGACCAAUUGAUGAUAUAACACUCCUAAAAGCUCAGAUAUUUGUUAAUCCUUAUGAUGAAGCAGAUGAACAGCUGGCAAAGGAAAGGGAAGAAGAGCUAGUUAAGCAAAAGGAAGAAACAGAGGAAAAAAAUCGGCCCGCUAAAAAUGUACCUUUAACAGAAUUUAGGAAAGGAAUUGGAAAAUAUAUAAAUCCAAAUGUUUUGAAGAGAACUGAAAAAGUUGAAUCAGAAUUACAGCCUAGAAAGAAAAAGACAUUCAAAACAGGGUUCAAUAAUUUUAGUAACUGGUAAACUUGCCCAAAAGAAUGUAAAAUUAUAUUUAAUUUAAUUUUGAAAUAUUACUAUUACAAUAUAAGAUGUUCUUAAUCAAGGCAAUAAAUGAAUAUUAUGUCUA